AUGGAUGCUAUAACGGAAUCGCCCGGGCGGUAUUGGCCUGUAUCGCGCAAAUAUGAUACGAUAGACGGAAGAUAUAAGUUUUUUAAGGCGACUUAUUCCUUUCGGAUGCAUAUAUAUUACCCGUUAACAGGACCUAAUAGUAGCUAUUACUCAUCUUCUCGACACAAUGAUACCAGUCUGAAAUCUCAGUUUUCAAUUGGAAAUGAAAUGGACGUCGAUGAAUUUACGGAUAAUUCCAAUGUCAAGAAGGAAGCAGUCACUACAAUAAACGAUUUGCCGAAUGAUAUAUUAUUGACAGUAUUUGCUUAUUGUCAUCCAAUCGAUUUGAUUCAUUGUUUCUCGUUGGUUUCUCGCCGUUGGAAUUAUUUAGCAAAUCAUUCCGCUUUGUUCACUGAAGUUCGGGUGUUAGUUAACGAUUUUUCGUUGAAAUAUGGCAGUGUGAANAAGUUUUUCCAGAGAACUUCGCAACGUCUUCGCAAACUGUGCAUUGAUUGUUCGGUGCCCUUACCGUCUGCUAGCGUUAAUGCAUUAUUCGACAUUUGUUUUCCUAACGUCGUCCAUCUCGAUAUUGGUUCUUUUGAGGAAAUGAAUACUACAUUGUUGGAAAAGUUAUCAUAUUGCUUCCCCAAUGUUAAAACUUUGCACGCGGAAAGCUUGGAACGAAGUUCAAUCCAUGAUGAUAAUGCAGAGGAAUGGAAAAAAACGUUGGAAAUGUUGUUCGAAGAUGAAAACAUUUUUCCGAGAGUGCAAAAUUUUUUUGUUGGUGAUGUGAGUAAAUAUAUCUCAGAAAAUGAUCCAAAAUUGCCCGUUUGCAAACGUCCGCUGAAUUUAUUUCAUAUUUAUGACGGGACACCUUAUAUUAAUUUCAUCGAUAUUAAAACUUCUCCGUGGCGGUCGACUCUUACCGAACUUUAUCUUGGAUCAUAUAUUGAAAACGAGAACCUCGAGUAUAUUGGCUAUUUGCAUAAUUUGAAAGUUUUUUCAUGGAACAUGAGUCUUUAUACCUUCGACGAACAGUUUGCGCAUUUAAAGGCAAGAAAAAUAUCUUGA